AUGAACUGUCAAGGACUUAACAGUAGCGGCGUAAUCUCGUGGCGGACAACCGUAUUUCCGUUCAAUACCGGGUGAUGAAAAAUGACAGGAAAGUAAGUUCGCUAGUCCGUUAAAGUGUAUAAAUAAUUGAACUCGCGGUCGCUUAUCGGAGUAAACAAAACUUUAUAGUGAAAUGAGUCAGGGAUCAAGGUUCAACAGCAGUGAUGUUUAAAGAGGGAGAUAGUGAGAAAAGAGAAUAAAAGAAAGAGAAAGUAUAACAGAGAGAGGGAGAAAUACAAAGCCAUAGGGCAGCUGAAGGGAAGCUGGCGUCCACUCACAAUUGCAACGAUCAUAUCAGUUAAAUGUCAAACUAACGCGAUUUCGCUAUAUCACAUCGUAUCACAUCGGUUGGAGCAUCUGUCAUUUCACGACCGUGACAUUGAUCUUGAAACAUUGUGCAGUGCACAGGAAUCAAGAGGUUAUUUGCUUUAUCGAUGAGAAGAUUUCAAUUUAAUCAUAGCCAUGGAUACGGAAUUCUCGGAUCAGUUAUAUCGAAUUCAAGCUGUUGAUCGUGCACGUAAAAUACCCAGCGUGAAUUACUUGUGGGAUAAAUCCACAGAGGUGUAUGAACGUGUAAAAGGCACAAACACGUUUGUAAACUGGGCUUUUGACACCGUUGAAAGUGUGUUAAAUACGAUGAUAGAGAAGUCUCUGCCAGUCGCUCGACUGAUGGAGAAACCAAUUUAUACGCUGGAUAAAACAUUGUGCCAGGGUAUCGAUUUUGUCGAAGGGAAUCUGCCAAUAAUUAAAGAAGAACCCCAACAGAUAUUAAAUCGCACCAAAUCUAUGGUAUCCGAACAUCUCCGUCCUGCAGUAAAAACUUUUACUGAUUUAAAAAGGGAAACCAAGCAGAAAGUAAGAGUUAUGACUUUACUUACAUAUUAUAAGGUUCACUAUCUACGUAUCUACAGCUGGCAACAAGCCGACAGAGUCAUGUCAACUGAAACUGGAAUCAGUAUUUUAAAGACCGUCGAUAACACUACUGAUUUUGCUGAAAUUAUGUUGAACAAGUACCUACCUCCAUCAGAGGAAGAGAUUCAUACAGAUACAGAGCGAUUAUGUAGUGAACACGUUAAGCUGCAUCAUACAAUGGAAAGAUUGAGCGAAUUCAGUACUCGAGCAUACAGACGUAUUUAUUACGCAUUAAUGGAGAGGUUGCAGCACAUGUAUAAGAUAGAAAUACUUAUUUUGGUAUUACAUGUUCUUGUGGUCAUUCAAGCGAUCAAGUUCUUGGAAUCGGUAGUGAGUUUAAUUUUUAAAUUAUUUAGUGACUGCCUCUUUUCGUCUUAG